UCCUCAUCUGCACCUCGUGCUGUCAACAUGCUGCCUGCUGCCACCGCGCCACUUUGUACGCCAAAAAAGAGGUGGUAGAACACCCUGCCCCCCCCUACCCCCACGUCCCCCUUCCUCCUCAAAAAAAAAAAAAAAAAGAGCCCCUUCUAAUAAUGCAGUCCUGAGAAGAAGUGCUGGCAUCUUGCUCAUCAAACUUUUCGGGGAGGAAAAAGGACCCAUGUGGGAGGAGGCCCUGUGGAGCCGCGGACGCUACCUGCUGGAGAAGAGCGAUGGCGGCGAGAGCGGCGAGGGUCCCGACGGCCCGGGAGCAGAGGGCUUCCAAGGCGAGGCGGCCACGGAGGCGGAGAAGCCCCAGGACUGGCUGUACGAGUCCUACAACCGCAUGAGCCAGCAGCAUCCGCUCAUCGUCUUCCUGCUGCUCAUCGUCAUGGGAACCUGCCUGGCGCUGCUGGUGGUCUUCUUCGCCUCGGGACUGAAGACACAGGACCACCUGACCUUCCUCAUCACCGUGCCCACCGCGCUCUUCCUCUUCCUGUCCAUCUUCAUCCUGGUGUGCAUCGAGUCCGUCUUCAAGCGGAUGCUCCGCCUCUUUUCUCUCCUAAUAUGGGCGUGUCUGGUCACCAUGGGUUACCUGUUCAUGUUCUCGGGAGGGAUCCUCAGCCCCUGGGACCAGGUGUCCUUCUUCCUCUUCAUCGUGUUGGUGGUCUACACCAUGCUGCCCUUCUCCAUGAGAGGCGCCAUCAUGGCCAGCGUCCUCACCUGCCUGUCACACACGCUCACCCUCAGCGUCUGCUUGGCCUCCGCCGCCACCGACUUGGAGCCUCUGGUCUGGCAGAUCCUGGCCAAUGUCAUCAUCUUCACCUGCGGAAACCUGGCGGGGGCGUACCACAAACACCUGAUGGACCUGGCGCUCAGGCAGACCUACCAGGACACCUGCAACUGCAUCAAGUCCCCCAUUAAACUGGAGUUUGAGAAGCACCAACAGGAGCGCCUGCUCUUGUCCUUGCUACCUUCUCACAUCGCCCGAGUCAUGAAAGCCGAGAUCAUCCAACGUCUUCAGGGACCAAACUUGGGUCGAAGCGAGAGCGCCAACAACUUCCACAACCUCUACGUGCAGCGACACACCAACGUCAGCAUUCUGUACGCUGACAUCGUGGGCUUCACCAGGCUGGCCACCGACUGUGCGCCAGGGGAGCUGGUGCACAUGCUCAAUGAACUCUUUGGCAAGUUUGACCAGAUAGCAAAGGAAAACGAGUGCAUGCGAAUUAAGAUCCUGGGAGAUUGUUACUAUUGUGUGUCGGGCCUUCCGGAAUCACUGCCUCACCACGCCAGGAACUGUGUGAAGAUGGGCCUGGACAUGUGUGAGGCUAUCAAGAAGGUCCGAGACGCCACAGGCGUGGACAUCAACAUGCGCGUGGGCGUCCACUCUGGGAACGUCCUGUGCGGCGUGAUCGGCCUGCGCAAGUGGCAGUAUGACGUGUGGUCACAUGACGUGACACUGGCCAAUCACAUGGAGGCGGGAGGCGUGCCAGGGAGGGUCCACAUCUCAUCCGUCACUCUGGAGCACUUGAAGGGCUCCUAUGAGGUGCAGCCUGGAGACGGACAGGGUCGCGAUUCCUACCUGAAGGAACAUGGAGUGGUGACCUACCUGGUCAUCAACCCCAAGACUGAGAGGCACAGCCCCCUGCUGGGCUUGCGCUCUCGCCCGUCUCUGGAUGGCGGCAAGAUGAGGGCGUCUGUGAGGAUGACCCGCUACCUGGAGUCCUGGGGGGCCGCCAAGCCCUUCGCCAACCUGCACCACCGUGACAGCAUGAGCACGGACAACGGCAAGAUCAACACCACCGAUGUUCCCAUGGGGCAGUACCACUUCCAGAGACGGGAGAGGUCCAAGUCACAGCGGAGGAGAUUCGAAGAGGAACUGAACGAGCGGAUGAUUCGCACCAUUGAUGGAAUCAACUCGCAGAAGCAGUGGCUGAAGUCCGAGGACAUCCAGAGGAUCUCUUUGUUCUUUCACAACAAAGCUCUGGAGACCGAGUACAGAUCCACCACCUUGCCUGCCUUCAAGUACUACAUCACCUGCGCCUGCCUCAUCUUCUCCUGCAUAUUCAUUGUGCAGGUCCUGGUCUUGCCCAGAAGUGCAGUGCUGGGGAUCUCCUUUGGUGUGGCCUUCCUGCUGCUGGCUCUCAUCCUGCUGCUGUGCUUUGCUGCUCACCUCCUGCAAGGAAGGAAGGGAUACGUGUGCUCCUUCCCGUGGUCCAAGACUUCCUCCCGCGUCGUGGUCACCGACAACCCCUGGCUGCGACUGGUGCUCACCGUGACGACCACCGCGCUCAUCCUGGUGAUGGCCGUCUUCAACAUGUUCUUCGUGGAGGAUCCUACAGCAUCCACGCAGGAAGUCUUGUCGCCGGACUCAGCUGAAGUUAGCGGAAGCGUCCCACCUGUGAAUAGCACCAAUGCCAGCAUGCGGUAUUUCCACGCGGAGAUGGCAGGAGAAAGCAGGUUUUAUCUCCCAUACUUCAUCUACUGCUGCAUCCUGGGCCUGGUGUCCUGCUCCGUCUUCCUGAGGAUCAACUACGAGCUCAAGAUGGUGGUGAUGCUGGUUGCCGUGGUGAUCUACAACGUCAUCAUCCUCCAGACGCACGCCUCCCUGCUGGACGGCUUCAGCAAGGCUCCGUACGCCAGGGGAACACUGGAAAGGCCAGGAGUCCUGAAGGACCUGAAGACCAUGGGCUCGGUGUCUCUCUUCAUCUUCUUCAUCACACUGCUGGUGUUAGCCAGACAGAAUGAAUAUUACUGUAGGUUGGACUUCCUGUGGAGGGACAAGUUCAAGCGGGAGUGUGAGGAGAUCGAGACCAUGGAGAACCUCAACAGGGUUCUGCUGGAGAACGUCCUUCCCGCCCACGUGGCCGAACACUUCCUGGGACGCAACUGGAAGAACGAGGAUCUUUACCACCAGUCGUACGAGUCGGUGUGCGUGAUGUUCGCCUCCAUCCCGGACUUCAAGGAGUUCUACACCGAGUCAGACGUCAACAAGGAAGGCCUGGAAUGCCUCCGCCUUCUUAAUGAAAUCAUAGCCGAUUUUGACGAGUUGUUGUCCAAGCCAAAGUUCAGCGGAGUGGAGAAGAUUAAGACCAUUGGAAGUACGUACAUGGCGGCCACUGGACUCAACGUCACGCCGGGGCCGGAGUGCACACAGGAGCAUGACAGACAGUACGUGCACAUCAGCACCAUGGUGGAGUUUGCCUUCGCACUGGUGGCCAAGCUGGACCUCAUCAACAAACAUUCCUUCAACGACUUCCGACUGAGAAUCGGGAUAAAUCACGGGCCCGUCAUCGCCGGCGUCAUCGGAGCCCAGAAGCCGCAGUACGACAUCUGGGGGAACAGCGUCAACGUGGCCAGCAGGAUGGAGACCACCGGCCUGCUGGGGGAGAUCCAGGUGACGGAGGAGACCAGCGAGAUCCUGUCCACGCUGGGCUACAUCUGCUGGUGCCGGGGCAUCAUCAAGGUGAAGGGCAAAGGUCAGCUGAAGACCUACUUGGUUCACACCGAGAUGACCCCGUCGCUGUCACAAGGCACCGUCAUGCCUUGAGUGCGCAGCACUGAUGGCUUCUCGAGAGCAGCCAGGAGACUUUUCUUUGCAUCCUUAGUGUCAGCUGGAGCCUAUCCCAGAGACACAAACAAUUUAGGUUUUCGGGGGACGCAGAACAUUGAAAGGCAGACGUUUUGCAUUUUGGUGCGGAAGAAGUGUCAGCUCACAGAUCUCCUCUGGACCACUGGACCCUCUUUCUGAAGGUCAGUGGAACCUCCAAAUGUCUUCUGCCUCGCGGUGUCCUCAUCCGAUAUCGCUGCGAUAUCAACAAAAACAAAACAGGUAUCGUGAAGUUGUCACCUUGUGUAAAUGGUGAAUAAAACCAAAUCCUUUUCAACUUACGUUCGAUUGAAUAGACUGCAAAGACAAGAUAUUUCAUGUUCACACUGGAAAACUUUGUUCUUUUUUGCAAAUAUUCGCUCAUUUGGAAUUUUUCCGAAAAGUUGACGGCCCAAGUUUCCAGCUAGCAAUUGGUCGCCCUCAUUGUCAGCUAGCGAUUAGCGCUCUGGUUUUCAGAUAGUGAUUAGCACCACUUGUAAACUAACGAUUAGGGUGCCAGUUGACAGCUAGUGAUUAGCAUUGCAAGCUGCUAACUUGCAAUUAGCACGCUAUUUGUCAGAUAGCGAUUAUACGCAAGUUUCCAACUAGCAAUUGGCCACUCUUUUUGUCAGCUAGCGAUUAGCUCUCUAGUUUUCAGACAGUGAUUAGCACCACUUGUAAACUAACGAUUAGGGUGCCAGUUGACAGCUAGUGAUUAGCAUUGCAAGCUGCUAACUUGCAAUUAGCACGCUAUUUGUCAGAUAGCGAUUAUACGCAAGUUUCCAACUAGCAAUUGGCCACUCUUUUUGUCAGCUAGCGAUUAGCUCUCUAGUUUUCAGACAGUGAUUAGCACCGCUUGUAAACUAACGAUUAGCGUGCCAGUCGACAGCUAGUGAUUAGCAUUGCAAGCUGCUAACUUGCAAUUAGCACGCUAAUUGUCAGAUAGUGAUUAAACGCAAGUUUCCAGCUAGCAAUUGGUCGCUCUUUUUGUCAGCUAGCGUUUAACGCAACAGCCGUCAGCUAGCGGUUAGCGGUGUAAGCUGUUAGCUUGGAUUCAGCACGCGAGUUGUCAGCCAGCGAUUACAGCACAAGUUUCUAGCUAGCAAUUGGUUGUUUUCGUUGUCAGCUAGCGAUUAGCACUCCAGUUUUCACCGGUUGUAAUUUAGCAAUUAGUGUGCAAGUUUUAAGUAAGCUAUCAUCACGCCAUUUGCCAGCUAGCAAUCAGCGGUGUAAGUUGCUAGCUUCCAAAUAGGACGCUAGUUGACAGCUAUUGCUACAGCCCAAGUUUCCAGCUACCAAUUGGUCGCUCUCGUUGUCAGCUAGCGAUUAGCUCUCUAGUUUUCAGCUAGUGAUUAGCACCGCUUGUAAACUAAUGAUAAGCGUGCCAGUUGACAGCUAGUGAUUAGCAUUGCAAGCUGCUAACUUGCAAUAGCACGCUAAUUGUCAGAUAGCGAUUAUACGCAAGUUUCCAGCUAGCAAUUGGCCACUCUUUUUGUCAGCUAGCGAUUAGCUCUCUAGUUUUCAGCUAGUGAUUAGCACCGCUUGUAAACUAAUAUUUAGCGUGCCAGUCGACAGCUAGUGAUUAGCACCGCUUGUAAACUAAUAUUUAGCGUGCCAGUCGACAGCUAGUGAUUAGCAUUGAAAGCUGCUAACUUGCAAUUAGCACGCUAAUUGUCAGAUAGCGAUUACACGCAUGUUUCCAGCUAGCAAUUGGCCACUCUUUUUGUCAGCUAGCAAUUAGCUGUCUAGUUUUCAGAUAGUGAUUAGCACCACUUGUAAACUAACAAUUAGCGUGCCAGUUGACAGCUAGUGAUUAGCAUUGAAAGCUGAUAACUUGUAAUUAGCACGCUAAUUGUCAGAUAGCGAUUAUACGCAAGUUUCCAGCUAGCAAUUGGCCACUCUUUUUGUCAGCUAGCGAUUAGCUCUCUAGUUUUCAGCUAGUGAUUAGCACCGCUUGUAAACUAACGUUUAACGUGCCAGUUGACAGCUAGUGAUUAGCAUUGCAAGCUGCUAACUUGCAAUUAGCACACUAAUUGUCAGAUAGCGAUUACACGCAAGUUUCCAGCUAGCAAUUGGUCGCUCUUUUUGUCAGCUAGCGAUUAACACAACAGCCGUCAGCUAGCAACUAUCACUUUUGUAGUCUUUAGAAAUUCCAACAGAUCUUUACGGAUUGUCGAUGAAAACUCCAAAGUUGAGCACAAUGUGUUUUGUCCAGCUAGCGAUCAGCGGUGUAAGUUGCUAGCUUCCAAAUAGGACGCUAGUUGACAGCUAUUGCUACAGCCCAAGUUUCCAGCUACCAAUUGGUCGCCCUCGUUAUCAGCUAGCGAUUAGCUCUCUAGUUUUCAGCUAGUGAUUAGCACCGCUUGUAAACUAACGAUAAGCGUGCCAGUUGACAGCUAGUGAUUAGCAUUGCAAGCUGCUAACUUGCAAUUAGCACGCUAAUUGUCAGAUAGCGAUUACACGCAUGUUUCCAGCUAGCAAUUGGCCACUCUUUUUGUCAGCUAGCAAUUAGCUGUCUAGUUUUCAGAUAGUGAUUAGCACCACUUGUAAACUAACAAUUAGCGUGCCAGUUGACAGCUAGUGAUUAGCAUUGAAAGCUGCUAACUUGUAAUUAGCACGCUAAUUGUCAGAUAGCGAUUAUACGCAAGUUUCCAGCUAGCAAUUGGCCACUCUUUUUGUCAGCUAGCGAUUAGCUCUCUAGUUUUCAGCUAGUGAUUAGCACCGCUUGUAAACUAACGUUUAACGUGCCAGUUGACAGCUAGUGAUUAGCAUUGCAAGCUGCUAACUUGCAAUUAGCACGCUAAUCUUCAGAUAGCGAUUACUCGCAAGUUUCCAGAAAGCAAUUAGUCGCUCUUUUUGUCAGCUAGCGAUUAACGCAACAGCCGUCAGCUAGCAAUUAUCACUUUCGUAGUCUUUAGAAAUUCCAACAGAUCUUUACGGAUUGUCGAUGAAAACUCCAAAGUUGAACACAAUGUGUUUUGUCCAGCUAGCGAUCAGCGGUGUAAGUUGCUAGCUUCCAAAUAGGACGCUAGUUGACAGCUAUUGCUACAGCCCAAGUUUCCAGCUACCAAUUGGUCGCCCUCGUUGUCAGCUAGCGAUUAGCUCUCUAGUUUUCAGCUAGUGAUUAGCACCGCUUGUAAACUAACGAUAAGCGUGCCAGUUGACAGCUAGUGAUUAGCAUUGCAAGCUGCUAACUUGCAAUUAGCACGCUAAUUGUCAGAUAGCGAUUACACGCAUGUUUCCAGCUAGCAAUUGGCCACUCUUUUUGUCAGCUAACAAUUAGCUGUCUAGUUUUCAGAUAGUGAUUAGCACCACUUGUAAACUAACAAUUAGCGUGCCAGUUGACAGCUAGUGAUUAGCAUUGAAAGCUGCUAACUUGUAAUUAGCACGCUAAUUGUCAGAUAGCGAUUAUACGCAAGUUUCCAGCUAGCAAUUGGCCACUCUUUUUGUCAGCUAGCGAUUAGCUCUCUAGUUUUCAGCUAGUGAUUAGCACCGCUUGUAAACUAACGUUUAACGUGCCAGUUGACAGCUAGUGAUUAGCAUUGCAAGCUGCUAACUUGCAAUUAGCACGCUAAUCUUCAGAUAGCGAUUACUCGCAAGUUUCCAGAAAGCAAUUGGUCGCUCUUUUUGUCAGCUAGCGAUUAAUGCAACAGCCGUCAGCUAGCAAUUAUCACUUUCGUAGUCUUUAGAAAUUCCAACAGAUCUUUACGGAUUGUCGAUGAAAACUCCAAAGUUGAGCACAAUGUGUUUUGUCCAGCUAGCGAUCAGUGGUGUAAGUUGCUAGCUUCCAAAUAGGACGCUAGUUGACAGCUAUCGCUACAGCCCAAGUUUCCAGGUAGCAAUUGGUCGCCCUCAUUGUCAGCUAACGAUCAGCUCUCUAGUUUUCAGCUACUGAUUAGCACCACUUGUAAACUAAUGAUUAGCGUGCCAGUUGACAGCUAGCGAUUAGCUUGCAAUUAGCAUGCUAAUUGUCAAAUAGCAAUUAUACACAAGUUUCCAGCUAGCAAUUGGCCACUCUUUUUGUCAGCUAGCAAUUAACUCUCUAGUUUUCAGCUAGUGAUUAGCACCACUUGUAAACUAAGGAUUAGCGUGCCAGUCAACACCUAGUGAUUAGUUGUCAGAUAGCAAUUACACGCAAGUUUCCAGCUAGCAAUUAGCCGCUCUUUUUGUCAGCUAGUGAUUAGGUCUCUAGUUUUCAGCUAGUGAUUAGCACCCCUUGUAAACUAACGAUUAGCGUGCCAGUCGACAGCUGAUUAGCAUUGCAAGCUGCUAACUUGCAAUUAGCACGCUAAUUGUCAGAUAGCGAUUACACGCAAGUUUCCAGCUAGCAAUUGGUUGCUCUUUUUGUCAGCUAGCGAUUAACGCAACAGCCGUUAGCUAGCAAUUAUCACUUUCGUAGUCAUUAGAAAUUCCAACAGAUCUUUACGGAUUGUCAAUGAAACCUCCAAAGUUGAACACAAUGUGUUUUGUCCAGCGGUAUCAGCACAAAUGAGAAACUGUAUCGGCCUUCAUUGGGAGCAGAAGCGAUCAGAGCUCUGAAGCUUCCAAACAUUCAUUUAUUGUGUUGCUUCUUCAUAGGAAACAUGUCAGGGUCUGCCCACUUGGAAGAAGUUUCUUCGAAUACAAUCCUGUGACUAAACGGUCAGUGUAUGAAAUACAGGUCUCAGUGAGACCAACAUUGACGUUUUUGUUUCAUGUGUGUAUGACAGUCCUACAGUUUAGUCUGAGCAGAAACCCGCCAUUUUGUGACAACAGCAGUGCCGCAAUGGUUCUUUGCGAGCUCAUAAAAUCCAAACCGGGGUAGUAAUUAAAACUAUUUCUUUAACUUUUAAUGAGAAGGGCUCAAUCUCUCUUCUGUGCUUAUUUGAAGCCGAAACGACAAACGGCCUCAGAGGAGAUAAUGUAAAGCCAACUUUUGUAUUGAAGCGGGAAUAGCAAACUUCCUGUUGAUUUUAGCCGGGGGUUGUCAGUGGAUGAAAUAUAGGUCUAGCUGAGACCUACGUAGUGGGGUUUUUUCAUGUUUCUACAACAUUCCUACUGGAAGUUACAGACAUUUUUGUCUGUGUUUACUUUCAAGGGGGCGCUAGAGCGCAAUUUUGAGUUUUGGGGUUUGGUUUUUUGAUUAGAUCACAAUUUCCGCCAGUCCUGAUGUGUGUGUCCAGUUUGAUGAGUUUUGAAGCAUUUUUAAGGGGGUCAAAUUACAGCUCAAAGAGGCAAAAAUGUCAUUUUUUAGGAAACUUUUGUUUUGAAGGGGUUAUGCCGACUUCCUGUUGGGACGGCGUGACGAAGUUGGUAGAGUGGCUGUGCCAGUAAUCUAAGGGUUACUGGUUCAAUCCCCACCUUCUACCAUCCUAGUCACGUCCGUUGUGUCCUUGGGCAAGACAGUUCACCCUUGCUCCUGAUGGGUCCUGGUGAGCGCCUUGCAUGGCAGUUCCCACCGUCAGUGUGUGAAUGUGUGUGUGAAUAGUUGAAUGUGAAAAUACUGUCAAAGCGGUUUGGGCUCCUUAAAAAGGGGUAGAAAAGCGCUAUACAAGUACAACCCAUUUACCAUUUUUGCUGAAGGAAGUCAGUGUAUGAAAUCUAGGUCUAAGUGAGACCUACAUAGAGGUUUUUGUUUCAUGUCUCUACGACAUUCCUACUGGAAGUUACAAACAGGUUUGUCUGUGUUUUCUUCCUAGGGGGCGCUAGAGCGCAAUUUUGAGUUUUGGGGUUUGGUUUUUUGAUUAGAUCGCAAUUAGGAAACUUUUGUUCUGAAGGGGUUUUUGCCAACUUCCUGUUGAUUUUUGCAAUAGGAAGUCAGUCUAUGAAAUAUAGGUCUAAGUCAGACCUACAUAGAGGUUUUUAUUUCAUGUCCCUACAACAUUCCUAACGGAAGUUACAAACAGUUUUGUCUGUGUUUUUUCCUAGCUAGAGUGCAAUUUUGAGUUUUGGGGUAUGUUUUUUUUAUUAGAUAGCAAUUUUCGCCAGUCCUGAUGUGUGUGUCAAAUUUGGUGAGUUUUCAAUAAUGUUAAGGGGGUCAAAUUACAGCUCAAAGAGGAAAAACUGACAGUUUUUAGGAAACUUUUGUUUUGAAAGGGUUUUUGCCAACUUCCUGUUGAUUUUUGCUGAAGGAUGUCGGCGUAUGAAGUAUAGGUCUAAGUCAGACCUACAUAGAGGUUUUUGUUUCAAGUCUCUACGACAUUCCUAACGGAAGUUACAAGCAGUUUUGUCUGUGUUUUUUCCUAGCUAGAGUGCAAUUUUGAGUUUUGGGGUUUGGUUUUUUGAUUAGAUUGCAAUUUUCGCCAGUCCUGAUGUGUGUGUCAAAUUUGGUGAGUUUUGAAGCAUUUUUAAGGGGGUCAAAUUACUGCUCAAAGAGGCAAAACUGACAUUUUUUAGGAAACUUUUGUUUUGAAGGGGUUUUUGCCAACUUUCUGUUGAUUUUUGCUGUAGGAAGUCAGUGUAUUAAAUAUAGGUCUAAGUCAGACCUACAUAGAGGUUUUUGUUUCAUGUCUCUACGACAUUCCUAACGGAAGUUACAAGCAGUUUUGUCUGUGUUUUUUCCUAGCUAGAGUGCAAUUUUGAGUUUUGGGUUGUUGUUUUUUUCUUAUUAGAUGGCAAUUUUAACCAGUCUUGAUGUGUGUGUCAAAUUUGGUGAGUUUUGAAUAAUGUUAAGGGGGUCAAAUUACAGCUGAAAGAGGCAAAACUGACAUUUUUUAGGAAACUUUUGUUUUGAAGAGGUUUUUGCCAACUUCCUGUUGAUUUUUGCUGUAGGAAGUCAGUGUAUGAAAUAUAGGUCUAAGUCAGACCUACAUAGGCGUUUUUGUUUCAUGUAUAUAUGAAAUUCCUAAUGGACGUUACAAGCAGUUUUGUCUGUGUUUUUUCCUAGGAGGCGCUGGAGUGCAAUUUUGAGUUUUGGGGUUAGGUUUUUUGAUUAGAUAGCAAUUUACGCCAGUCCUGAUGUAUUUGUCAAAUUUGGUGAGUUUUGAAGGAUGUUAAGGGGGUCAAAUUACAGCUCGAAGAGGUGACGGUACAAUAUUAAUAAAGAAGUCCUUAUGUGUGCGUCCAGUUUGGUGAGUUUUGAAGCAUGUUAAGGGGGUCAAAUUACCGCUCAAUGAGGCAAAACUGACAUUUUUUAGGAAACUUUUGUUUUGAAGAGGUUUUUGCCAACUUCCUGUUGAUUUUUGCUGUAGGAAGUCAGUGUAGGAAAUAUAGGUCUAAGUCAGACCUAAAUAGAGGUUUUUGUUUCAUGUCUCUACGACAUUCCUAACGGAAGUUACAAGCAGUUUUGUCUGUGUUUUUUCCUAGCUAGAGUGCAAUUUUGAGUUUUCUGGGUUUGUAUUUUUUAUUACAUCGCAAUUUUUGCCAGUCCUGAUGUGUGUGUCAAAUUUGGUGCGUUUUGAAGCAUGUUAAGGGGAUCGAAUUACAGCUCAAAGAGGCAAAACUGACAUUUUUUAGGAAACUUUUGUUUUGAAGGGUUUUUUGCCAACUUCCUGUUGAUUUUUGCUGUAGGAAGUCAGUGUAUGAAAUAUAGGUCUAAGUCAGACCUACAUAGAGGUUUUUGUUUCAUGUCUAUAUGAAAUUCCUAAUGGACGUUACAAGCAGAUUUGUCUGUGUUUUUUCCUAGCUAGAGUGUAAUUUUGAGUUUUGGGAUUUGUUUUUUUUUUAUUAGAUUGCAAUUUUUGCCAAUUCUGACGUGUGUAUCAAAUUUGGUGCGUUUUGAAGCAUGUUAAGGGGGUCAAAUUACAGCUCAAAGAGGCGGCGGAAUAAUAAAGCAUAAUAAAACCUUAGAAAUACAAUAGGGUCCUCGGUCCUUAAUAAUUGCCUCACGCCAGUAGUUGGAAACAAGUACACACAUGUAACAAAAGCUGUCAAGCAGAAUAAAAUAAAGGAAUCCAGACAUGAAGAAUAAUUCUCAGCAGAAGAGGAAGAAGGAAUAAUCAUUCUGAUGAUGCUGCUGUUGUCUUCUAGAACUUUACUACACGCUCUAUGUUCUGCCUCUACGGUUAUCAUCACAAAAACAGUUGUCUGACCUUGAAC